UGGUAGUGCAAAUAUCACUGUCAGCGAUAAGUUUUGACAUUAACGUGGCAAGUGGAUGCAAAAUAUUUAUUUUCUGUUAGUCCUUUUAUUGGGAAAAGUAUUAAAAAAUGGUGAUUUAUCUGUGAUACGAUCUGCUGAUGAAUAUCCAGUGGAAAUAGUUCUAGUGCUUUAAUCGCCAAGCGCGAGUGUGAAUAGUUCCAUUAGAUGCAAUUCUGCAACUCAUCUGGAUGAAGAGUUUCUAAAAUAUUGUUGGCCCUAUUUCAGAAAUACGAACAAUGGCUUUAAAGAAAGUUAAAGGGAAUAUCGAACGAAUGUUCGACAAAAAUUUAACCGAUUUGGUGCGGGGAAUUAGGAACAACAAGGAAAAUGAGGCAAAGUACAUAUCUCAGUGCAUGGAAGACAUUAAGCAGGAAUUGAGGCAAGAUAAUCUUGCAGUUAAGAGCAAUGCCAUCGCCAAACUGACCUAUCUACAAAUGUUGGGCUAUGACAUCUCUUGGGCAGGCUUUAAUAUAAUCGAAGUGAUGAGUUCGAAUAAGUUUACCCUAAAAAGAAUUGGCUACUUAGCAGCCAGCCAAUCGUUCCAUUGCGAUUCUGAGCUGCUCAUGCUGACAACCAAUAUGAUUAGGAAGGAACUGAACUCCCAAAAUCAAUACGAAGCUGGGCUGGCAUUAACUUCACUUAGUUGUUACAUUAGCACGGAUUUGGCCAGGGACUUGUCAAACGAUAUUCUUACUUUGCUAAGUUCAACGAAGCCCUACAUAAGAAAGAAGGCUGUUUUAAUGAUGUAUAAAGUCUUUUUGAAAUAUCCUGAGGCUUUGAGGCCGGCUUUCCCGAGACUGAAGGAAAAGUUAGAAGAUCCUGAUCCAGGAGUCCAGUCUGCGGCAGUGAAUGUGGUUUGCGAAUUGGCCAGAAAGAAUCCCAAAAACUACCUGAGUUUGGCUCCAGUGUUUUUCAAACUUAUGACUACAAGUACAAACAAUUGGAUGCUAAUUAAAAUUAUUAAACUUUUUGGUGCUCUUACUCCUCUAGAACCUAGGCUAGGCAAAAAGUUGAUAGAACCUUUAACAAAUUUAAUUCACAGUACUUCAGCGAUGAGUUUAUUGUAUGAAUGCAUCAACACUGUAAUAGCGGUUCUUAUAAGUAUUUCAUCUGGGAUGCCAAAUCAUGCUGCCAGCAUACAGUUAUGCGUGCAAAAGCUCCGGAUACUCAUUGAGGAUUCAGAUCAAAACUUGAAAUAUCUUGGACUCCUUGCCAUGUCGAAGAUCUUGAAAACGCACCCGAAAAGCGUACAAGCCCACAAGGAUCUGAUUUUGCAGUGUAUGGAAGAUAAAGACGAAUCUAUCAGGCUCAGGGCAUUGGACCUGCUUUACGGAAUGGUGUCCAAGAAAAAUCUAAUGGAAAUUGUGAAGAAACUCAUGGUCCAUAUGGAUAAGGCCGAAGGCACUGUUUACAGGGACGAGCUGCUUAGCAAAAUUAUUCUGAUCUGCUCCCAGAAUAACUAUCAAUUUAUCACCAAUUUUGAGUGGUAUAUUACAGUUCUAGUAGAAUUAGCCCAGAUGGAAUUCGGAAGCAAACAGGGCCAUGUAAUAGGAUCGCAAUUAAUGGACGUUUGUAUACGAGUGCAAGCCAUAAGAUCGUUCGCAGUGACUGAAAUGGGACAGUUAUUGGAAGUGUACACUUCAACUUCUCAAUUUACAAUCAUGCAGGAGGUCCUGUAUGCGGCUGCUUGGUUAACAGGAGAAUUUGCUAGCGAGCUGGAAAGCCCCGAAAACACCCUGCGCAGCAUGUUAAAGUAUAAAUCUUUGCCGCAACACAUCGAAUCGGUUUUCAUUCAUAACAUCGUAAAACUGUUUGCUCAUAUAAUGGAAAAACAUGAAGCUGCAGGAAAUUACGAUGCUAUUUUGGAACUAUCCGAUUCCAUUGCCUGCAAAAUGAACGAAAGCAUCAAAUCAGGGGAAUUGGAGGUCCAGGAAAGGGCCAGCACGGCUUUGAUCAUCAUCGACAUUGUUAAGGAGGAAAUCGCAGCAAAAAACAGCUCAAAACUGAUGGAUGAUAUAGAGGAUCCCCUAACAAGCCAGCCUGAAGAGUUGGUGGCAAGCGAGAUUUUGAGUUUAUUCAAAGGCGAACUUAAUCCAGUAGCGCCCAAAGCGCAAAAGAAGGUUCCCGUCCCGGAUGGACUUGACUUAGAUGCCUGGAUUAAUGAGCCAAUACAGUCCGAGUCGGACUCAGACAGUGAGCCGGACAAUACAGAAAAUUUGUUUGUAAAGUCGGAAAAAUUGGAUUACGGCAACAAGUAUCAGUACGAGCCCACCGAAGAGGAUAUUAAGAAGAACCGAGAAGCUCGUAAAUCCGAGCAACAGAAUAAUCCCAAUUACCUCAAAGGCAGUCUCGACUCAGAGCAAAGCAGCAAUGGGCAUGAUAAUGUCGAAACUAUCUCAGUGGCGGAGCUAAAUCUCGAUCUGCCCCCGCUGAGGGUGUUGGGCGAAAAACGGUCCGACAAAUAUCUGAAUCUUCACAAGGACAAGACCAAAGGCAAGAAGAAAAACAAGAAAAAGAAGAAACACCGAAAAUCGGAAAGCUCUUCCGAUGAAAACCUGGAUGUUGCCGCAGUUGUCGAGGUGAAGCAAGUUAUGGAACUGCCAGAAGGAGCCACACUUUCGGACUCAGAUAGUGAUCAUCAUCGGCUGGACGAUCCGCACAGGGCGUUAGAUAUAGAUCUGGAUCUGCCUCCCAUUAGCGAGGUUUUGGCGAAAAAACCACCAGAAACAGUAGAUAGACCCCAAAAGGAAAAGAAAAAGUCAAAAAAGAAAGAAAACAAAGGUAAAGAGAAGAAGCCCGAGAAGCAUAAAUCCGAGAAAAGGAAAAAGGCCAAAGUGGAAAAUUUGCUGGAACUCGAUAAAGGUGCAGAUGGUGAGCCCAAAGCGGAAAAUAAGACCAAGAAACCGAAAAAGGAUAAGAAGAAAUCAAAGGAAAAAGGAGCCAAAAGUAAGACUAAAAAUUCCACGUCUGGUUAUGAGGAGGCUUUGGGUAUAUCAACUCCAACUAAAGAGAUCUACCCGAGUUAAAAUAUUUUAUGUUGCAAUAGUUAUAUUUUUUAUGCUUUAGGAUUGAAUAAAACAUUUAGUUAACUAAUGAUUUACAGUUAAAUCUCCAUGGUUUGCAGUUGGGAAUUUUACCGUAAUUCCAUACUUGUUCAAAUGUAAAUCUAUCGCUAAGAAUGCAAGGUUUUUAACGAAUUGUUGGAGACAGGAAUUGUCCAUUUUAAUGUUAAGACUUAAGCUCUAUUGAACAACAAUAAUAGGUUUAAGUUUAGGUGUUAGUCAACAUCAAUCUUCAUAUAUAGAUGAUUCUAUUUAAACAUCUAAUUACUGUCCACCUCCGGUUUUUCCUGUCUAGAAUGUAGUUCCUUAAUAGUGUCCUUAAACUCCAAUUUCUACUUGGCUCGAAUUAAAAUCACCACUUUUCUCGGUCACAAUUCAGCAAUGAACCAAAGAUAACGAGGAACAUUUCGGAAGAAAUCAUGACGUUUUAACGGUUGUUGAUUUGUGAUUACAAUCCUAAAACGCUUAUAUCCGUAUAUUGUCCAUUAAAUUAUUCGUAACCAUGUAUUACAAAUUAUAAUCAAACAACAAGGUUAUUUUAAAUGAAUUAAAAAUGCUUUUAUAAA